UAUCGUUGAAGUUAAUAAAAUCGUAUCAAAAAUGAAUCAAAAUGGAGAUUCUAGGAGUGUCUCAAGGGAGCAUUGCAAUCAGAUGCAAAGUUUUCAGAUCAGUCUAGAGACAUAUGACAAUGAUAAAGCCAAAGGAACAUUUAACAACCGAAUCCAGUUCUUGUUGUCGGCACUUGGCUAUGCAGUGGGAUACGGCAAUAUCUGGAGAUUUCCAUACAUGCUUUAUAAGCAUGGAGGAGGAGCCUUCUUUAUUCCAUACUUAUCUUGUUUGUUCUUUCUGGUUUUUCCUAUGUAUUACCUCGAAGUGGCUUUUGGACAGAUGUAUAAGAAAGCUCUUCAUAGAUAUUAUGAUACAAUUCAUCCUAAGUUAUUGGGGCUCUCUUUUACUGUAGCUAUGAUCUGCUUCUUUAUUGCCAUAUUCUAUAUGUGUCUGAUAGGUUGGUGAUUCGCAUUCCUACUAAACUCCUUCCAAGACCCACUCCCAUGGGCUCCUAAGCUAGAUGAGAAUGGGAAUAUCUCUGAGUUCUCAAGUGACUACUUCAUAAAAGAGUUUUUGGAUAAAUCAGACAGUAUGUUUGACAUCCGUUCGUACAACCCGACAAUCAUGGUCUCUUUCACACUACUAAUGGCAUUUGUAUUCUUCAGUCUGUACAGAGGCAUCCACUCAGCUAAAUAUUUAUCCUAUGUUAUCGUGCCUUUGCCUUACUUCAUUCUGACUGUUUUCUUCAUCAAAGGGCUUACUCUUGAAGGAUUCAUUAGUGGCUAGGCCUACCUGUACAAGCCAGAUUGGUCCAAGCUGUGGAGUUUGGAAAUUUGGAGUGAUGCAGCUGGCCAGGCUAUAUUCUCAGCAGGAAUUGCACAUAAUACUGUUAUUAAGCUAUCGUCACAUAGAAAGGAUGAUGAGCCUUUGUUGAGUACUGCAGUGUUGUUGCCAUGCUUAAACUUUGGAACUUCUUUGUUUGCCUCCCUUGCUUUGUUCUCAUUCAU